AUGAUGCGCCGUGUGUUUUGUGUCGUGUUGGCGCUGGCACUGCUGUGCUGCUGCUCGUGCGCGUUUGCCGUGGAGGAAGGGGAGGAGCAAGAGCCGCAGGUGACGCAGGUGAAUGCAGAGUGUGCGGGUAAGGAUAAACUCGGGCGCUGGCAGCUCCCUGGGAAGUCAUUGUGGUACAACUGCACGGAUUCAGCUCGUGGUGCAGGGCAGAUGAUUUGCGGCAUGGGCGUCGGAAACUGUGCGUCCGGGGUUUCACAGACUCGCGCCAAAGGAGUUGCGAACGGUGGUGUCUUCACGAUCGACGUCGAUACGCCCACUCCAAGCAUCCUGGAGAGUUGGUGGGAGCGUAACGUGGAACCGAAGGUGGCCACCGUUGCAAGUGGUACAUCCAAGCCUUUGGAAGCAGGUACUCUGGGACCUCGAGAACAGAAGGCUCCCGGUGACACCUCCACAACGGAUUCUGAAUCUUCUCCUGUCGCUGCGGAUUCCGCUGGUGCCCUUCCUCCUCCUCCACCUGCAACUCCAGGCGGCGCUGGUGCUAACUCUGCUGCUGGCGCUGCGGCCACGACGGAUCCUUCUUCUGAGGCCUCGCAAGCGUCGGAUUCCGCUCCCUCUGGUGAGCUUCAAGGCCCUUUACGUUCUACUUCUGCUGCUUCUGCUGCACCCGAAUCCCUACCAGAUCCAAAGCCCACAGAAGGCGGCGACCACUCCUCCCAUGGCCCUCCAGUGGAGCUGCAGGAAGAGACUACUGCUGCGCCACCGACUCAGUUGUCCCAGACCGGCGAGGACGGGGGUGCAGCUGGAGGCGCCGAAGGGGACACCGCCGCCAACAACACCGACACUGCUUCUAGCGAAGGAAAUAAUAUGGCGGCAAGCAUGCCGUCUACCCUUUCCUCUGCGCCCACAACGAACGCGCUGGAGAAAAGUGUGGGAACUGACGCCUGCUUCCAUGACACCCAUCUGCUUAGCCGGCUGCUGCUUGUUCUGGCUGUCCUUGCGUACGAGACACUGGGCUGA